AUGGCUGUACUGACAGACUGCCAGGUAGAAGUGAUGUCCGGAGAGGGUGCCAAGGCUUUAGCCCUUUCCUUGAUGGCCGAUACCUCUAUCCUAACGUUAGACCUGAGUGACAACUGGCUGCAAGGAGAAGGGGCAGCUGCAAUUGCGGAGAUGCUGAAAGAAAACGGCUGCGUUUCAGCUGUUGAUUUAUCUGACAACAAAUUAGGCGUUGAAGGAGCUAAGGCCUUUUCCGCUAUGCUUCUAGAAAAUACUACAAUUGUGUCCCUCCAGCUCUCAGGAAAUGAAUUUGAUGAUCAUGCAGCGAAGUAUUUAGCAGCUGCCAUCACAGCAAACAGCAAGGUGGAAAUUCUGGAUCUGAGUUACAACAUGUUUGGUGACAAAGCAGGUGAAAUUCUUGGAAUGGCAAUAGCAGAAAACACUGGAUUAAAGGAACUUAAAAUCAGCUGGAACCAUUUCCAUAGCCAAGGGGCAGCUGCCUUGGCCAAAGGCUUGGGGGCAAACAUAUUUCUCAAAGUGCUGGAUGUUUCCUACAAUGGCUUUGGCAACAGUGGAGCAGCUGCCUUGGGGGAGGCUCUUAAAGCCAACAACGUGCUGGAAGAGCUCAACGUUAGCAACAACCGUAUUUCGGUGGAAGGAGCUCUGCACAUUGCAGCUGGCCUGAAAGAAAACAAGACUCUGAAAAGACUGCGGAUGACCAGAAAUCCCAUGCAGAGUGAAGGCUGCUGUGGGGUCCUCAGAGCUCUACAAGCAAAUUCUGGCACUGGCAUGGAGAUCCUGGACUUGCCAGACAUCCCUGUGAACAAAGAGCUUGCAGAGCUGUGUGAUGCUGUGAAAAUACUUUUCCCAAAUCUUCUUCUCAGACGUGGUGGAAACAUGAAGUUGCAGAGGAAAAGUCAGUCGAAGGUUGAGCUUCAGACUCAGCCCAAAGUGGUGGGUAAUUCCCAGAAUGCAGUGGCUUAA